CAACACCAGACCACCAGAGUGCCACCGAAACGUCAUCUCUUGGUUCGAAACGCCCGCCGCCGCUGAGGCCGAGCGACGUCAGCGCCUCGCGAACGCGUGCAUGGACUGCUCCUCGGCGCCGAUCGACACGCACAACUCCGCGGCCGAGGAAGCCGCCCUGCCGAGGAGGAUACCUUCGGCCCCGGAGGCAUCCUCGUCCGGCCUCGGCCUGCAGUGGAUGCGCGGCUCUGUAACCCUGUCGCUGCGGACGCCCGAUCAGGAGCCCGCGGCCGUGGCGCUCUCGCUCAACACCAGGCAUCCGCAGGGCCAUCUGCAGGAGGAGCUUGCGACGGCGGCGGCGGCGGCGGUCGUGCAUGAGGGCGCGCAGGCGCAGGCACAGCAGCCCCUCGGCGAGAGGGACAUGCCCGAGGAGCACCGCGCCAUCGCCGACAUGGCGGCCCGGCUCGGGAUCGCGGCGGGCGCGCGGGACCGCGCGGUGGAGGUGUUCAUGAGGAUGGAGGAGCGCAAGGGCAAGUCCAAGUCGCACCACUACUACACCAAGGGCGCGGGGCGGAGCGGCGACGCGCUGUACGCGGCGUGCCUCUACGUGGCGUGCCGUAGCGCGGGCGCGCCCCGGACGUUCAAGGAGCUGGCGGCGGCGACGCGCGACGGGCCCGCGGCGAGGAAGGACAUCGGCAAGCUCAUCGCGCUCAUCCGCAAGCGCCUCGGGGACGAGGCCGGCGGCGAGGCCAUGGACAUGGGCGUCGUCCGCGCGGCGGACUACGUGGAGCGCUUCGGCUCGCUGCUGGGGAUCGGGGAGGGCGAGGUGCGCGCCGUGCAGGAGGCCGCGCGGAGGAUGCAGGACCACCUCGACGUACGGCGCAACCCGGACUCCACCGCCGCCGCCAUCGUCUUCAUGGCCAUGGAGCGCCGGGCCGGCGCCGGGAGUUCCAUCCGGGACGUGUCCGCGGCCACCGGCGUCGCCGAGAACACCAUCAAGCAGGCAUACAGGGAACUCUACCCGCACGCCGACCUGCUCUUCCCCUGAAGUAGGGGGGCGAGGGCGACAUUGGAUUUGCUUGUAUAUAUGGUUGUACUUUUGGUUGUAGGCUUAUAGCUGAUCUGUUUCUUUAAUCUCAUUCCCUUGUCUGCUUAACUGAGACACAACUUCACCUUGUUUGCUUAACUCAGACACAAAUUCAUCUCUCAUUUGGAAUUUCUGUAUAACAAACAAAAUAUUCAUCUUCUAAAGUCAAAAGAGUUAUUGUCCCUGUAUUUCUUUUCUGUGCACAAGAAAAGAAAAACUAAGGGGAAAAAAAUCAAAUAUCCCAAUUGCUAACGUUUUCCAUUGAAAUUUGUCUUUCGGAGUUGAUUCGCGGGAGGAAAGCCGCCGCCGCCUGGCAGGGCAUUGACGAAGAGAGGGCUCCACGACUGGGGAUCUCGCCGUCAAGAUUGAUGCCCUUGCCGCCGCCGGUGCGCUCGCAAGGUCGCGGGACGCGACGGGCGGUAUCAGACGGGGCCCAUUUAAGUUAGGGUUUUUUAAUCUGGUAUCCUCGGUUUGCUGAUGUCUUAAUUUUUACUUUUAACCCUUUUAUGUUAAGGCCCAGCCCGGCUGCAUUUUCUCUUGGGCUUACUACCCACCCUUUUUUUGUGUGUGUAAAAUAUUGAUCUUAUUUCAGAUUAUUUUUUCCCACUUCCCCACUACCCUUUCAAGUUUCCUAGAAAUUACCCACCAUUGCCAUUAUAAUCUACCGAAUCGUUUUUGCGCC